AGCCCCUCCAAUACCUGCGCACACUCUCUUUAUCCCAUCAUGGACAUCACCAGCUCAAUAGUCUCAGAAAGAGACCGUGCCCUUCUGGGAGGUGAUUACAAUACGUAUCAUGCUCAAGCCACACGCAAAAUCCAUAAUCUACGCAGACGACUGGGAGCUGCGAACCGUGGCCGAAAAUACACACCAAAAUCUCAAGUCACCGUCGAAAAUGUUGCAAAGAAUGCAGAAUGGGUUCAACUCCUCCUUGCGAGUUCCGAGCGCGCCUGGGCGAGUGCCAUGACUAUGAAGUCGUCACAAUCUGCAGAAAACACCCAGAAGCCGAUGCCAGGUUCAACAAAACGCCAGAUCGUGUCGAGACUGAGAAGAGCCAUCAUGUACGCCGACAACCUUGUCAACAUUCUACAAGAUCGAAACGCGACCGGUGCAUCAGAAAUGCAUGACCUAGAGGCUCGAGCCUACCUAUCUAUGCUUCGAGGUACUCUCGAGUUUGAAAGAGGACGAUGGCAGGCAUGCGUUGAAGCUUAUUCGCUCACAUACAUGGUAUACUCUGCGCUGGCAGGAAGUUCGAAGACGGAUACCUUCAAAGAUCUACUGUCGGGUAUCGUUGAGCCGAGCAUAAGAUAUGCUGCGCAUCAGAUGAAGAUGCCGCGCACCAAAGCAGUCAACGAGAUGGCCAUUGAGAACUUCCCCAGCAGUGACGGCGCUCUUCGUAAGGAACUGGAAAAUAUCAAUCCUCAAGCAUUUGUCUCGGCUACCGACGCUGCUCCGAGCAGUACUGGCCCGAAGGAAGUGCCUACCUCAAUCUCCUGGCGCGGACGCAACGUCAAGCUGGAAGAUGCCAACAUCUCACAAGCAUUAGGGCUUUCUCAGGAGAAAGAAGGCAGUCUGUCAUCGGCUUACAAAUCAUAUUGCGAUGGAAGCCUCAAUGCCAAAGACCUUGCGACGGCCUACGAAGAAGUCAUUACAGCUCGACAGGAUGCUGCGGAUGCGACAAAGACCGCGAUUGAUGAGCUUGCAGCUGAAGGAGUCGAACCUGGUGACUCACGGAUGCAAUCUCUCCAGGUCACACGCACGGCCGUAAAUUAUGCCGUUAUUGAAUGGCGCAUCGGUCGCAAUCGAGUGCUCUGCGGCAUAGACGAUGGCCUGACUUUCGAGUCUGAGAAAUCAAAACGCCCUUCCAAAGCUCGCAAAGACGGCAAAAUUCGUGAGGGCAAGGAAGAAAGCUCCGGGCGCAAGCUCUCACGCCUUCGCGAGCGUGUGGCUCUCUAUGACUUGAUUCUGCAAAGUCUUGACGCCGUUAAAGAACUCCCUGGUGUCAUAGCGGACACGGCCUUCGUUACGGAACUCGACGCGAAGCGAGCCUACUUCCGGGCUCUGAAGUGUCUCGCCAUUGGUCGUUCGCAAGCGAUCAAGUCGCAGAUUGUCAACGCGCUCGCACUGUAUGCGAAAUCUCUCGAGCUCGCCCAAUCAGCCUCGCCCGUCCUGAAGGAAGACGUUGCCACCAACAUGCCACCUAGACUCGAUGUCUUCUCAUCAAAUCUUGAGCGCUCAAUCUCCACUCUUACAAAACUGAUUACGCAGUAUCGUGCGCUCGCCGAUCUCAAAGCCCUUACAAAGUCGUCGCAACCUACUACAGUCCAAACGAUCGGAGAAGCGAUCAAGCCUGCUCCGCUGAUUGAACGCCUUGGCCGGAAUGAGUACGUCGAGAAUGUUGACCUGACUAAUCUCGUCAACUACCCUCCUCGACUCCGACCCGUACCUGUUAAGCCGCUUUUCUUCGAUAUUGCUUGGAAUUAUAUUGUAUACCCCAGCCAGAAAGCGGCACUCGAAAGUGAACUGGCAGCCACCAAUGGAAGGUCCGCUGAAGAAGAUGCGUCUGCCACGCCGGGACAGAAGCAAGAACAGAAGCCAGCAAAACGAGGGUGGUUCGGAUUCGGUCGAUAGAUGUUGUUUUGCAUAAGUAAGGCUCUCGAACGUCCAUUUCAGACGAUAUCAAGACGUCAGAUUCAUGAAUUGCUGGUGCAUAAUGUGGGCCGGGAAUAUAUACUGGUAGAAUCUCAAUGAAAGUGCCAGCUGAAGGACGUUUGCUGCACAUGAGUCUCGUCGUUGUUCCAGCCCACUUUCACACCUACUGUAAUGACCGUUCGGAGUGC